AUGAGGUUGACAUCUGUAGCUAUUGGUGUAUUUGGAUCUGAUGGAGCUACUUCAUAUUUUGGAUUGCUUCGGAUAUUUGGAUGCUCGGCAUAUUGUCACAUUAAAGAUGUGAAAUUUGAUCCGAAUGCACAUUUGGGAUUCAGAGGCGUGUUUGAUUAUCAGGUGGAGAGUGUUGGACAAAUCAUUGGGAUAUCGCAACGGGUGGAGAGUGGUGCUACUCCACGUUGGGUGGAGAUUACUCCACAUACUCCAGAUUAUCCUGUAUCGUUUGAGAUUCUAGCUGAGGUGGAGAUGUUUGGUUCGUUUCUCUUUGAGGCUAGUGGGAGAGUUAUCACCUACAGAUUUGUUGGUGAUGAUCGAGAAGGUGAGGAAGACAUUCUUAAGAGACUCGGUGAUUUGAUGAAUGACAGUCAUUAUAGCUACAAUGUUCUAUAUGAGUGCAGUUGCCCAGAGUUGGAAGAGCUUGUGAAAGUUUGUCGAGACAAUGGAGCACUUGGAGUGAGACUUACUGGUGCUGGAUGGGGUGGCUGUGCAGUUGCUUUAGUUAAAGAAAGUAUCGUCCCUCAGUUCAUUCUCAAUUUAAAGGAGUCAUUCUACCAGUCUAUGAUUGGGAAGGGUAUCAUCAACAAGAAUGAUCUUCAUCUUUAUGUCUUUGUCUCCAAGCCUUCAAGCGGCGCUGCAAUAUUCAAGCUUUAA